AAAACCAAAGCCUUGACUCAUUUUCAUUCUCUCUCUAAACAGAUACAUCGAAUUCACGUGGGUCUGCAUGUUCCUAACAAAACCCCUCACUACCCAUUAAUAGCACUCACUACCUUAUUCAAACACUUCUCUCCAAUUGCAUCUUACAACCUCAGAAAAUUUAAAUACGAAAAAAGAAAAAGAAAGUUGGAAUUAUCUUACCGGAGAAUGGCUGCAACCCAAGACGGCACCACCGUUAGUCACUUGCCAGAGGAGAUCCUGCUCAAAGUUUUCGCCGCCGUCUCCGACCCGCGCACCAGGAACUCGCUUUCCCUCGUGUGCAAGACCUUCUCCCGCUUGGAACGGAAAACGCGAACCUCCCUCACGCUUCGUGGAAACGCGCGUGACCUUCACCUCAUCCCUAAUUGCUUCACCGACGUCACGCACCUUGACCUUUCCUUUUUGUCACCGUGGGGCCACGCGCUUCUCUGUUCCUCGGCCACCGCUACCUUCGAUCCCCGCCUCCUCGCCCUACGCCUCCGUGACGCCUUCCCGCGCGUCACCUCACUCGCCGUCUACGCGCGAGACCCAACUACUCUCCAACUGCUCCUCCUCUCCCCCUGGCCGGAGCUCCGCCACGUGAAGCUCGUCCGGUGGCACCAGCGCCCGCCGACGUCGCAAGCGGGAUCCGACUUCGCGACGCUGUUCUCGCAGUGCCGAUCAAUUGUCUCGCUGGACCUAUCGUCGUUCUACCACUGGCCGGAGGACCUACCGCCGGUGCUGGCAGCAAACCCCGUCGCCGCCACCUCGCUCCGACGGUUGAACCUCUUAACGACGUCGUUGACGGAGGGAUUUAAGGGAUUUAAGUCUCACGAAAUCGAAUCCAUCACCGCGUCGUGCCCUAACCUGGAUCACUUUCUCGUGGGUUGCACCUUCGAUCCGAGGUACAUAGGAUUCGUCGGGGACGAGACGCUGUUGGCUAUCCCUUCGAAUUGCCCCAAGCUCUCACUGCUCCACAUGGCUGAUACGUCGUCGUUUUCGAACAGGAGAGAGGAAGAAGGGUUGGGUGGAGAAGACGCUAGGGUUAGCCGUGUAACGCUUGUGGCGUUGUUCUCUGGACUUCCUCUACUGGAAGAGCUUGUAUUAGAUGUUUGUAAGAAUGUCAGAGAGAGUAGCUUUGCGUUGGAAGUGUUGAGUUCGAAGUGCCCUAAUUUGAGGGUUCUCAAGUUGGGUCAGUUUCAAGGGAUUUGCUUGGCCCUUGAGUCUAGGCUUGACGGAAUUGCCCUUUGCCAUGGCCUUCAAUCCUUGUCUGUUAGUAACUGUGCGGAUCUUGGUGACAUGGGGUUGAUUGAGAUUGCUAGAGGGUGUUCCAGGUUAACCAGGUUUGAGCUUCAAGGUUGCAAGCUUGUUACUGAACAAGGGUUCAGGACUUUAGCUUGUUUGCUUCAAAGGACUCUGAUUGAUGUUAAGGUUUCUUCUUGUGUCAACCUCGACACUGCAGCGACUCUCAGAGCUUUGGAGCCCAUUCAAAACCGUAUUGAGCGGCUCCAUGUGGAUUGCGUGUGGAAUGGCUUGCAAGAAAGUGACAGCCUGGGACAUGGGUUUUUCAAUUUUGACCUUAAUGGUUUGGAUGAACUGGGUGAUGGUGGUGAGUUCAUGGAUUACUUUGGAGAUGGGGAAGGUGAAAACACCGGCAAAAGGAAGAGGCAGAGAUGCCAAUACGAUAUGGGAGUUGAUGAUGCCUUCUUGCAAAGCAAUGGCAAUGGUUUCUAUGGAAAGAGUUGGGACAGGCUGCAGUAUCUUUCUCUUUGGAUAAGAGUUGGUGAUCUGUUGACUCCGUUACAAGUGGCAGGAUUGGAGGAUUGUCCCAAUCUGGAAGAGAUUCGUAUAAAGGUAGAAGGAGAUUGCAGAGGACAGCCGAAACCGGCAGAACGGGAAUUUGGCCUGGGCAUUCUAGCUUGUUAUCCGCAGCUAUCGAACAUGCAGCUGGAUUGUGGUGAUACUAAAGGUUAUGUUUACACGGCGCCAUCGGGGCAGAUGGAUUUGAGCCUGUGGGAGAGGUUCUUUUUGCAUGGGAUUGGCAGUUUGAGUCUGAAUGAGCUCCAUUACUGGCCCCCACAAGAUGAGGAUGUGAACCAGAGAAGUCUGUCACUUCCAGCUGCUGGCUUGUUACAAGAAUGUUAUACUCUGAGGAAGCUCUUCAUUCAUGGGACAACUCACGAACAUUUCAUGAAUUUUUUCCUUAAGAUACAAAACCUAAGGGAUGUACAGUUGAGGGAGGAUUAUUAUCCGGCGCCGGAGAAUGACAUGAGUACAGAGAUGAGGGUGGGUUCGUGCAGCCGCUUUGAAGAUGCACUGAAUAGGCGUCGAAUCUGCGAUUGACAUGUAAUAUUGCUCAAGCCCUGACCGAGGAAUUGCUUGGAUGUAGAAACCGAAAGGAUAGAGAUCAUUUGUUUCGGAGUUUUACAGUCAAUUUUUAACAUCAUCCCCGUCUUUAACUUAUUUCUGUUUUCUUUCCUUUUUUAUACUGUAACAAUGAGACUCGUGUCCAAUGUUUUAGUCAAGAAUAAUUCAUUCUAUACGGAUUAGAAAUUAGAUUUUGUUACUUUUUUUUCAUAGCACUGAAGAUGUGGGUGAUGGAUUAACAUUCUUUCAUUGCCCCACAAAAGAGGUUGCAUCAAGUGUACGAUCAGGAAAGCGCUGACGCUUGUUUCAAUAUGUUGAGAUAUAGAACAAAAUUCAUAGUUUACAUCAGCCGAGAACACAAAGUAACAACUCUACCCAAAGUUUACUAUGUACAAAAGAUAAAACACUGCAUCAGCAUUCAGCACAUUGAGUACUCGAUGUCCACCAAACGAGAGAGGAUCUCUUCACAACUUGGCCGCUCUUGUGGUUCCGCCCAACACUCUGCACACGAAAGUCAAGCAACCAAGUUAAAUUAGAUGUCUCGACCAAAAAAAAUGUUGAACUAGAUAGGAUCUGAAUGAUGCGAUUAAUAUAACAGGAUUAAUAGCAGUAGAAAAAGUCCUCGAAUCAAGUCAUAAAUAUUUUGGCAGGUGCAGAGACCUGAAAUCAGCCUGCCCAGCGGGCCUUCAGGAAUCUCCAAUCGGGAAGCCUCAUUAGCAACGGUAUAAACCACCUAAUCAAAUUUGAGAAGAAAAUUCGGUAAAGAAGCAACCUCGAAAUAAAAAUCUUCAUAGAAUAUGAGUAAAUCGUCUGUCAAACAUACCCUCUCUGGUGGUACGCCUUCCCAUGGUCUAUUCAAGGUGCAGAGCUCCCACAUUAUCACUCCCAGGCUGAAGAUAUCGCAUUUUUCAGAGAAUGGUUCAUUCCUAAUAAGUUCAGGAGCCAUCCAUUCCGGGGUUCCAGCUGAAGAAGAAUCUCUCAUGGGAGAAUCUGUUAUUAUUCUUGAAAGUCCAAAAUCACAUAUUUUCACUGUCCAAUGCUUGUCGACAAGACAAUUCGCACUUUUCACGUCACGGUGAAUGAUCUUCAUUCGAUGUAUGUGCAUCAGGCCCCUAGUCACGGCCAAGAUGUUCUUGUCAAUGUUUAAGUUGUGAACAGAUCAAAUGCAAUCUUACUAAUAUCAGCUUUCAAAAAAAGAUAAUCCACGAAAUUGACAAUAGUAAUACAGAACAUACAAUUUCAGUAACAAGUACGUUUAAAUUGACAAUAGUAAUACAGAAGAUGCACGAUCAUCUGGCAUUAACAUAUUGAGGUAAUAUAAAAAUUAAGAUCGGAAUUUCUGAUGAGUUGGUAAAUUCCAUUUCUUUU